UAUAACAACAACAAAUAUGAAUAUGUCUUGAGACACUUUAAAGAGUGCAGCUUGAGCCUGAACCUUCUGUUGAAUUCAUGUAGUUAUAACAAUGUAUUAACAAACAGUAUAUUGGCAUACAGUAAAAUAAGCUACAUGUAUAUGAUCUGGCAUGUUGCCAUUGUAGUAUGAAAUUGGAAAUAUGAAAUGUCAUUUUAAAAAAAUAUAUAAUGUGAGUAUAUAUCACAUGUGAUUCCUAUUUACAGACCUUUGUUUUCAGAGACAGUAAGUUGACAUGGAAGAGUUCAAUAUAAACUCGGUACAGGUCAUAUUGUGGAAAACCAUGGAAAACCUCAUUGAGGACGACUUCAAGAAGUUCAAGAACCAUUUGAAGGUCAUGAAGGAUGUUCCAUUGUCAAAGCUUGAGAAAGCUGAUCGGGAUGAUACCGUAGAAUUGAUAGUGCAAACAUAUACUGAGGAAUUUGCAGGGAAGACUGUGGUUAACAUCUUAAAGCAGAUGAAUCUCAAUCAGAUGGCCAAUGACCUACAGGAGAAGGUGCUAAAGAUCGAGCUGCAGCCCAUGCUGGAGAAGCAGAAGGCCUUUGAAGAUGCAAGACGAGCCUAUGAACAAAGAGAAGAACAAAUUAAGACUCAGGCCAAGUAUGCAGAGAAGCAGAUCAACAAAGGGUAUAAGAAAUUUGACCAGGCUCUACAAGAUGAAGUGGCAGCAAAAAUAGCUGCACUGAGGGAGGAAGAGGAGCAGAAGAGUCAGAUGAUGAAGGAGAAGAUUGAGAAGAUGAACAGAGAGAUCUCAGCUCUUUCAGACACAAUGAGAGCCAUAGAAGAGAAGAUGAGAAGUGAUGAUGUUACACCCCCGCAGUUCUGAACCCGAACCCACAGCAGCACCAACACCAGAGUGCACACUGCAGGAUCUAGAGAAGGUUCAGAUCAACGUGGCAAAACACCUGGACAACCUGGAGGGCAAACUCAUGAACAAAUUGAUGCAAAAGAUUGGUCAGUAAAAUAAACACACACACAGUGUCCUGUUCCUCUUCUUCAAUACAUAUGGUAAAGGUCUAAUGGAACUGCAGUAAACUCACAGACACGCAGACUGAGGGAGUCAUACAGAUACAUACAUAUAACACAAUUAUUUUUGAAAAAAUAUUCCAUUCUGAUUAUAGAUUAUAGUGUCCUGCACAUGUUCAUUAGUUUGGCUAUCACCAGACUAAGCUCAAUCUUUUAAGAUUGAACAUUAGUCCUGGGAGUCUGCGCUGUAUUUCUACUAAGAGGCAUAGUUCAAAUGACUCUGUAUGCAUUUGGAUAGUCCUUCAACCAAUCAGACCAACGAUCCAGGUGAGCCUGGUGGAUAAGCUAGUU